AUGAGCUCUAUCUCUCGCUCCAAUACUCCUGGGAAGCCUGAAACCCCCCUCUUGGGACCCGCAGAUGAGGCGCUAAGCGACCACCCACACUAUCAUCCAAAUGCCACACUUUUGCUUGUGGGAUUCUUUGGUGCAGGCAAGAAAACACUGGGAAUCAUAGCUUCAGUUGCCUUGAGACGGCGUUUCAUUGAUUUCGACUUGUACUUCAAGCAAGAAGUUCAGUCCUCCCCGCAAGAGUUCAUUGCUCGCAAUGGACUGGCCCAAUAUCGAGAGAUCGAGCUCAAGAUAUCGCGCGAGCUUCUUACAAAAUAUGAUAAAUAUUGUGUUAUCGUUGGACUAGGAGGAUUUGCUAGUCGCCCUCAGCAGGUGUUGCUAGCCGAGUUUGCUCAGCAGCAUCCUGUUGUAUAUGUGAGACGGGACGAACAAGACCUACGGCAAUUUGUGACCACGAGCCCCGAAAAAUUCGAUCGAAUAUUUGAAUUGGGUAAUGAGUUUUUUGAGUCGUGCUCCAACUUCGACUUCUUCAAUCUCACCCAGGGCCAACCAGACCAAGCAUUACCCACCUACCUCAAACUCAAGGAAACGGAACGUCUGGUCGUGGCAUUCUUACGUCGCAUAUUUGGAAAUUCUAUCCCCCAGAUCUUCUCGGCAGAACCGUUUUCUGCAGCUCAUACAUUUUCCUUGCAAGUACCUCUAUCAUGGCUGGAAGAGACACGUCCAGACUUGAACUUUCUGGAAUGCGGCGCCGAUGCUAUCGCUCUAGUACUAUCGCCCCAGGACGUGCAGUCAACUAGACUGCCCGAUAGGCUUUCGCGGCACAUAGCGACUCUGCGGAAGCACUCUCGAGUUGCAAUAAUCAUAGACAUCUCUUCAAUACCUUCCAAGUCGCUGGAUCUUAUGGCACAGGAGAAGAUGUUGAAAAUGACUCUUCGCCUUGCCCCUGAUGCCUUAAUCAUAUCAAUUAAUUGCCAUGAGGGGCUUGUCAAAAGCUUGAGCUCCUCAAGAGGAUUCACGAAAAUCAUAGCCGAUUUCCAUGAAUUAUCACCAGUGGGAUCAAAACAGAACCGUCUCACGCCUUUGAUUCUCCAUGAACAGACUCGAUCUUUGCGACUUGGUGCGAUCCGCAUCACAGGCGAAUCCAAACUCCCAGAAGACAACCUUGAAUGUAUCUCAUUUCUCAAGGAGGCAACUGCCGUUAUGGAUGUUCCUGUGAUUGCGUACAACAAAGAACUGCCAGGUCGAACUUCGAUUUGCUUGAAUCCUAUAUUGUCACCGGUAGUACUGCCAUCUACGCCAUCAAGUGGGCUUACCGUGCAACAAGCACAGAAGGCAAUGACAUCAUUCUUUCUAUUGCCCAAGAAAAAGUUUACUAUCUUUGGGCAGACUGUCAAGUACAGUCUCUCGCCUGAAAUGCACCAGGCAGCAUAUGAACAUUGCGGACUCCCACAUACAUACGAUACCCUGCAGGCUAAUGAAAUCUCCGCUGUUCAUGGGCUUUUGAAUGACGAAGAGCGUGGUGGUGUUACCAUAUCCCUUCCCUUUAAAUCCGCAAUUUUGCCCUACAUCGACGAGAUCACUGAAGAUGCUGAUGAUAUGCAAGCUGUCAAUACAGUUGUCAUAGAGCCAAAGCAAAAUUCAGACGGGUCACAUAUUACCGUCCGAAAGGGUUACAACACAGACCAUAUCGGAAUUAGAGAUUGUAUCGACAAACAUCUCUCGCCGGCCAACGCAGUGCGUGAUGGAACCACGGCUCUGAUUGUGGGUGCGGGCGGAAUGGCCCGUGCUGCAAUCUAUGCUUGCUAUGAGCUCGGCGUUCAACGGAUCUUCAUUUAUAACCGCACCCCCGAAAAUGCACAAAAGCUGGCCGACUAUUGGAACGGGUGGGCUCAAUCUAAGCCUGGGGUCAACUUGCAAGUUGGUAUUAUCAGGUCAGAGGAACCCUGGCCAUCAGAUCUUCGUCUACCAACUAUUGUUGUGCCAUGCAUUCCGCCUUUUCAAAUUGGCAGUGAACAUCCGGUGGUGUUCAAAAUUCCGGAGCAUUGGCUUGAGAGUCGGACUGGUGGCGUAUUUGUCGAGGUAAGUUUUUUUUUUUGA